AUGACUCCCACGACUAUCUACCUGCCCGACGGCCAAACCUUCACCGUGAAACCUGUUUAUGGUGGCUAUUUCUUCAGUUCGAAUGAACUCAACAGUCGUCACACGCCUUUUCCCUCUGGUUGGACCCUUAAUCUACACACUGAGGACGAUGCUACGGCAUAUCUCAACGGACUCACUCUGGAGAAAUCUGAUGCAUUGGACGAGCCGGUGCAAACUUAUGUUCACAAGUACAAACAUCCAACAUUGCAACAUGACAUCAUGUUCAUUUCCAGCAUUUCACAGCCCUCAAGUCAAGACUAUCAGCCGGCGUCAAGCCCAUCACGCGAGAUAGCAUUGAUGCUUUGGAUCUCGCUGUACUGGUAUUUCCAACAACCCGAGCCUUCCCCGUACUUGGACACUGCACAGUCUGAGUUUACGCCGGAUGUUGCGAAACCCAAGGGUGACUGGCGCAUUCGAAUCAAGCGGGACGGGGUGUUCCGCACCCGGAAUAUGAUCCCGAAGCUUGAGAGAAUGGGCCUGAUAUCGACCUUGGAUUCUGCCGUUGGCACUAGUACCGUGGAGAACGCCGAAGGCUGGGAUAAAAUGUAUGUAACGAGACGGAGCUUCUGGCAAAUACCGUUUGGGCUAUACUUGUUCAGUCUCCAACCGAAGAGAGCAAGUUCCCACCCAGGAUCCCCCAUUAGCAGCCGACCAACCUCUCCAACCAGCGGCGAGGCCGGCUUAAGACUCAGCAUGAAUUCAAUCCAAGCAUCUGGUAUGCACCUGCUUUCUGAUAUACCUGGUGGCACUAUACCAAUUAGCCUCGCCAACCGCCCUAGUUCUCCUGUUGGGCCCUAUUUUUCCGCAUCACGACAGCCGACUUAUUAUCCGCCGCCGCCGCUGCAGUACAUAAUGACCAAUGGUUUGCGGCAUCCCCUCCGCCCCAAACCACCUCGCAUGGGCGAAAUCUUCUAUACACGCUUUUUGCCGAGUGUUGGUAAAUACUUGUCCUUCCGCGUGGCAUCCGCUUCGACCAAACCCGUCCCUUCCCUGGGACCCGUAGGUCCUGACGAGAAGGAACGCCAGGAGCACGCACAUCUCACCGGACUAGAUGACCAAAGCCUUCUACAGAGGUGGCUAUCCAAUGACCGGGUCGCGGCCUUCUGGGGAAACUACCAUCCCAAGUUCUUGACUGACGCCUUGGAAUCGAAGCACUCGUUUCCAGCCAUUGGCAUGUGGGAUGGGGUGCCAUUUGGAUACUUUGAGAUAUACUGGGUGAAGGAGGACCCCCUAGGCCACCAAAUGGGGGGCGAUGCGGAGGACUGGGAUCGAGGGUUGCAUGCCCUUAUCGGUGAGGAGUGGGCAAGAGGUAGGGUUUCAUACUGGCUUUCCAGCUUGGUCCACUGGUGUUGGCAGGCAGACAACCGGACGAUGAAUGUCUGCCUUGAGCCGAGAGUUGACAAUGAGAGGUUCAUCCAGCACCUCCAAGUGGAAGGCUUCUCAAAAGAUCGGCAAAUCUCUUUCCCACACAAGCAGGCGUGGCUAUUGCGACUCAAGAGAGAAGUCUGGAAAGGAGCAGCAACGUAG